GUAUGACCACUCAGAUUAAGAUUAAGAAGGUCAUAGAAUUAUUUAGCAAUGGACAGAACUAUUGUGUAUUGAGACUAGAAUGAACUGACAUUACUUUUUUGACAUCUCUUUCAGAAAAAGACAAAAUAUACUGCCACAUGGCGGCUUCUCUUAAAGACCAAACUUUUGAAGGCAGCGACGUCUAUGCUAGCAGCUGAAAAAGAGCAGAAUAAGAGAGAGAAAGAUAAAGCUCUUAAUGAGAGAGUUCCACCUCUCAAACUAUCUGGACUGUCUGUACAGGAACUGCAGGAUCUUUGCAAAGAGCUUCACCGCAAGAUUGAUGUAGUUGAUGAGGCCCGAUAUGACCUUGAAGUGAAAGUGGCUAAAAAUGAAUCAGAGAUCCAGACUCAGACCCAGAAGAUUUGGGACCUGAAAGGUUCAAUGAACAGAACCAAACUGAAGAGGGUUAAGAAGUCUUCUGAUGCUAUGUUUGGUGCUUUGACCGAAUCCAAACUGUCAUCAAAGGCUGAUUUCAAAGCCAACCUGAAAACAGUAAAGAAAGAAGAAGAGAAGAAAGAAGAGGUGACUGACUGGCGUAAGAAUGUGGAGGCUAUGUCUGGAAUGGAGGGCAGGAAGAAGCUCUUUAAUGCUAAUCAAUAAAAAAAGUAUAAAAGCAGCUUUUAUCACUUGAUGUCCAACAUAUUUAAUGGUUGGCAUUUCUCAGAUAUUGAGUGUUGUAAAAAAACAAAAAAACAAAAAAAAAAACAAACAAACAAAAACAAAAAACAAAAACAAACAAACAAGCAUUGUGAAAAGAAGAUGAUACAGUUUUCUUACUUUUAACUAACUUUCAGGCUCUGUAACAAGAAAGGGGAGUGACAUGUGUAUACCAAGACAAGUAGGCUCCCACUUCACUUAUGAUUUGCUGCAAUAAAAUCCAAAUUGUACAAGUGUGAUUUUAAAGAUACUAUUCUGACUAAUCAUGUGCACUGAACACACAAAAACUGUUAAUAAUGAUCAUAGGUAUGAGUGUUUUUGUGGAAGGCCUUAGGACUUGGUUUGUCUUUACCAGUUUCUGCCCUUUGCUGCAAUUUGUAUACAGUCUGGACAAAUGUAUUUGCACUCUGAAACAAAAUGUGAUGUUUUGUUUAUUGAAAUGCUAAAUGCAUACUUUAUUCAUGAGAAACAUUCAGACUGGAAAUUAUUUGAUAAAUUGUAUGCAUUGUUGUGAACUAGAAGAAGUCAGUGUUGUUAAGGAAAUAGAUGUCAGAAAUUGUAACACUUUCUAGUCUAAUGAGAGUACAAAAUGCAAUGUAAUGGCAUUCCAAAAUUAAAUGAUCCCAUACGAUGAAGCAAAAUGUGUUGUGUCAACAUGCAA